CGCAUCAGUAAGGAUGGAACUUUGAGCAUGAUUUGACAUGGUAUCCGCUUCUGGCAUUGAUCAUCUUUCCAUUCUCUCGAUUCUUCUCGAGAAACAAACAGGAGGUCCUAGAAAUUCUCGGGUGGAAAUUCUCCGGUGACCGGAAUUCCGUAGAAAACAGAAGUCUAUGUCGGCGACGAACACAAAACAAUCUUCAUCGAUGGUAUCUUCAUCGCAAAUCACCUACUCUAACGCUCCUUCAUAUUUUCCUUUGCCCUUUCACCUUCAACAACCGAUCCCUAUGACAUUUCCCUCUGCAACCCCACUACCACCACCGCCUGUAGCGCCGCAUGUUCAAUUCCAUGCUCCUCCUCCUCCUGUCAAUGUGCCAGUUGUUCCUUCCGUUUAUACUACCUCUUCUUCCGUUACAGGCGUGUACCUGCCUCAAUACCAACAGGCACAACAACUGUUUCAAAGAGAUGCCCAGACAAUUACCCCUGAAGCUUUAAAAAGUGUCAAAGCUGCACUUGCAAACAGUGAAAUAGAACACAAAGCAGAAACAAAGAAGAAAGCCAUACCUCGAAAAGCAGCAGGUCAAGCUUGGGAGGAUCCUACUUUGGCUGAGUGGCCUGAAAAUGAUUUUCGUUUAUUUUGUGGUGAUCUUGGGAAUGAGGUGAAUGAUGAUGUUCUUUCAAAAACAUUUUCAAGGUUUCCUUCCUUUAACAUGGCUAGGGUUGUGAGAGAUAAACGCACAGGAAAGACAAAGGGAUAUGGAUUUGUGAGUUUUGCUAAUCCCACUGAUCUUGCAGCUGCUCUUAAAGAAAUGAAUGGGAAGUAUGUUGGAAAUCGUCCAAUAAAACUGCGUAAGAGCAAAUGGAAAGAGAGAACAGAUUUCGAGGCCUUAGAAAAGCAAAAGCAACGGGCACAAAAGAAAUCGAAGCUCCCAAAGAAGAGUGUCCUUCAUAAGUAACACCGGAUUUGCGUAUGUGUGAAAGCUUUGAAAGAUUAUUACAAUCUAAAAUAUUAUCAUAUCAGUGAUGUAAUAAAAACAUGGCAAGAUAUUUAUGGGUCCCACUAAUUUUAGUUAUUUAUAUAUUUUUAAUAGAUCGGUAUAUUUGAGAUUAAAUUGAUAUUAAUGCAUAUUGUAUAUUUAUUGAUGCUA